CAUCAGCAGCAGCGUUACUGACGUUGGUGUGUAACUACACAUGUAAUAUUACACUGACUACACAUGUAAUACCACCUAGUGCUUCAUGGUCACUAACAUACUGUGAGUGGAGCCGAACAAAACCGGGACCGUCAUUUGUUGAGAUCUGCACUCCCGAAAGCGUCGGAUAAAACCGUUUCAAGAACCAGGAGUCUCUAUUGAAGCUAACCGUAGCUAGCCUAGCUGGUGAACUUUUGUCAUCGCUGCUCAUUGACAAUCAACGUCAUAAAACUCGAGCAAGCUAACCGGGCAGGUUUAGCUUAAUGCUAGGACGGACUUUGAACUCCACCAAGGGAAGAUUCUGGUUGUGUUGAUUGUCAGAAGAGUAGCUAGCUGGUGCUGCUGGCUGAUUUGCUAGUCCGACAUCCUUGUCUUGUUCGAGGUCAUUCUUUAGUGUCCAUCUAGCCAGCUGUAAUCGGGAAACUAGCGGUCAUGAAGAGCCUUCCGUAUUUCUGCCGGGGAGAGGUCAUCCGAGGAUUCGGAAGAGGAAGCAAAGAACUUGGGAUCCCUACAGCCAACUUCCCUGACUCAGUGGUGGACCAUCUUCCUGCAGAUAUCAGCACAGGGAUCUACUAUGGCUGGGCCUGCGUCGGUAACGGUGAUGUCUACAAGAUGGUGAUGAGCAUAGGCUGGAACCCAUACUACAAAAACACCAAGAAGUCCAUGGAGACGCAUGUGAUUCAGACAUUCAAAGAGGACUUCUAUGGGGAGAUUCUCAGUGUGGUCAUGGUGGGCUACAUUCGUCCGGAGAGAAGCUACGACUCGCUUGAAGCGCUAAUUGCAGCCAUAAACAACGACAUUGAGGAAGCCAAGGUCAAGCUGGAGCUCCCGGAGCAUCUCAAACUAAAAGAAGACAACUUCUUCAACAGCGUUACCAGCCUGUCGUCAACGCUGCCCCCCACCGCUGCAUCCACAUCACAGACUAUUAUGAAUGGUCACUAACAGCUGCUUGUGACUGUAGUACUUUGUACACACACACACACACACACACACACAUACACACACACACACACACACACCAGAACAUCACAAUGGUUUCUGUUUACACACAGGUGUUUGCACUCAUUAACAUGCACAGCCUCAUACUGAGAUAUCUGAGCUGUCGCCAUGGCUGCAUAUGAACAUAAUGGUAAACAACCAAUCUUUUUUUUUUAAACUUUUACUUUGUCCAAUGUGUCUCAACUAUUUAAGUUCCUGUAUGGGUUUAUUGCACACAGCCAAUUAGAUGUUCAUUUGUAUACAUCCACACCAGAUUGCCUCAUAUAAGAGCAUAACUGUGUAUGCAUUUCUUUGGUCUCACUGGUCCUGCUAUAUAUUUGGAAUCGUUUAUGAGAAAGUACCUAUAAAGACAGAUUUUGCAAUGAGGUUGACAGCAACAUACAAGUCAUUUUAUUUGUGUCUGUAAAUACCAAAAUACACUAAUAGACCCGACUCUCGACUCUCAAUGGCUAAGGACAGAAGUACGAUACAUGUUAUUUCAUUUUUUGGGCAUUGUUGUCAGUAAAAAAACACCGGUCGCACUGUUAGAUGACUUUAUGCAACAAUGUGGCUAAAUGCAAUGAAUACGUGGAAAUUCAAUUAGAAAAGUAAAUUAAUAUAAUGCUAUUAAAUUAUCUUCUAACUUGCUUCAUGAGAAAACUAUUUCCCGUCCAGUGGGUCACAAGCUCCAGCUAUCACUGCCCUAACAAUAAGAAUGACCCAUUUACACUGGAAUACAAAUUUGAUUUAGGGUUUUUGAUGCAUUAUGCAGGAAGAAUAUCGUAUUGCUAUGAUUAUUUGAUAAGUAGCAAAGGGAUUGUUGUUUAACGGAGAUGAUGUUUUGGCUUUAGCUUGCCUGAUGCUCUGACCUACAGUCCGUCAGUCACAGGUUGUUUGUAGGGGUAAAACAUUGAUAGAUGAUAUGGGAUAACGUUUAAGGUCCACAGUACCCUGCUGUGAUCUGUAUAAGGUGUAACAGUCACUCAAAUAGACAUUAUAUUCUUGAUAUAUAUAUAUAUAUAUCUUACAGUUUCAGCCUUUUUCCAUUUGAAUCCUUUCUGUCAACGGAACCAUUGGAAAACCCUUUGCUCUGACGGGGGUUUUCAGGUCUGAAUGAAAAACUGUUACAAAAAACAUCUCGAGACAUUCUAACAUACAACUAAUAUUCUGUGUGUACACUUUUAACCACUGUAAAUAUUUGCUUUGAAUGAAGUAGUCAUGUGAUUUUUGGUUUUAAAUCUGUAUUGCAUUUGUGUUAUGUAGGAAGGCAUGACUGAAAUGUAUGAAUGUUGACAUUCAUCAUGCAACAGUAGCUAUGUUAGUUUCCAUAGAAGACCUUAGCUGUUUUUCUCUCUCUAUUAUCACUCUGGUUAGUUUCUUUACCGACGGAAUGACAGAAUCAAUACAGGAAGCAGCACUUUACUGUAAUCAUGUCGACAAACUCACUGCUAUAAAAAGCUUUCUUUCAUAAUCAAUAUUACAUUAUUGCCCAUUAAAUUAACCCUCUAAAGCACUUAAUGUACCGAAUAAAUUUCAGUGCUACUUUAAAUUGUGAUGUGCUUCUUCUUCCCUGUCGAAGAUUUUAGAGGGGCGUUUUCAUCGCAUGUCUGCAGUGAGGCCUCAUUUCUUGCAAUUCAUUAUUCGAGUUCCUCUAGUACACAUGUACCAGGGUAACUGUGCGUUGAGUGUCAGGUUCACCUUUUUAUUUUGUUCAUUAAAAAAACAUGUUAACAUAUCCAAAGAUAGUCAUAUUGUAAUAAUGAUGUUACUGACAUCCUUGACUAAUGCCCAGCUAAAUGCUGUUGUUUUUGAACCAUUUCUUAAAAUGAUACAAUAUACAACAACCAUAUAUAUUUAUAUUCUCCCCUGCUGCUCCAUCUUUAAACUACUGUGGAUUCAAAAACUAGAUGUAGAUGUCCAGCUAUAGUCCUGUCUGAUGCUCACAUUACUACUUCUUUGAUGGCACCCACAGGAUAGUUGACAUCCACCUGGAUUCAUCUUCUUAUUUAUGGGAAACAUGCAUUUUCAAGCAUUUGGACUGCCUAUGUUGUGAAUGUAUUAUCUUUUAAAUUUUUGUAAUUUACCUAUUGCACGUCUGCCCGUCCUGGGAGAGGGAUCCCUCCUCUGUCGCUCUCCCCGAGGUUUCUUCAAUUUUUCCCUAUUAACUGUGGGGUUUCUUUGGGAGUUUUUCCUUGUCGAUUUGAGGUUCCAAGGACAGAGGGUGUUGUAUUCUUAUCCGUAUUCUGUUCAAACUGUAAAGCCCCCUGAGACAAAUGUAACAUUUAUGAUAUUGGGCUAUAUAUAUAAACUUUGAUUGACUCAGAGUAAGUUGGUGUUGAUAAUAAACCAUAUUUUCCUGUAA